CUGGAGAAUGUAUUUUACAUUCUCUGUUAUCUGUAUGUUUAUGUUUUCUGCUAUAGAAAUGUUUUUGUUUUUCUUCGUAAUUUCAUUUAUUAGUCAGCCCGUCGAUUCCUUUGUCAUACCCAAAUCAUACUCGUUAUAUUAUUAUUAAUAUUUAAAUUUGAUAUUAUAGCAUGGAAUCUAAGGAUAAGGAAAGUGUUAAGGAGGAUUUGGUUACCACAAAGCCGACUUUGCUAAAUGUGAUGUGUUCAAUUUGUUUCGAUUUUUAUGAAAACGGUGAUCAAAUCUUUUCCACAACCUGUGGUCAUAUAUUUCACAAGAAAUGUUUGUUCAUUGCUCUUAAAAAUUCAAAGACCUGUCCGGAAUGCCGUCGCCCAUCGGGAAGCAACAGAGUACAUCCUAUAUUCCUCAAUUUCGGUGAGCGCACCGAAAUGGAUUUGAAAUGGAAUGAUUCGAGAGUUGUUGAUGCUUAUGCAAAUAUACCUAUUUGGACACCAUUAUACGGAUUAGAAUGGGGUGGUUCACAACGGGUCCCACAGCCUCCACCAGAGCCAGACGAAGCGAUUCAAGCCGGUACCGAUUCCGAAGGUAACCCCACAUAUGUGGCUCGUGUUUAUUUCCAAGACGAUCUUCUGCCGGCCAGUUAUGUGCCAUCCAAAGGAGUUGCAUACGCGUCGCAUGGUUGUUAUGGCUAUACAUUGAGUGAAAAUAUCGAAUUAUUGAAUAACUUCAAACACCAAUGGGUAGCUGAUUCAAAUGGUCACGUACCGGAGGGUGCCGUAGUAGGCGGAUAUUCUGAGAUCCAUGAAGAUUUGUACGUGGCACGAGCACAAUAUAAUGAUAAAAUAAUAUUGGGCAAGGUGCAUCCUUCGCACAGGGUAAUGUAUAUGCCAUACAAUGGCAUUGAAGUGCAUUCAAAUGAAUAUGAAGUAUUGGUGCAAGAAAGGGCCACUGUCCAAAGUGAUGGAGAAACGAAUAAUGAAGCUUAAACGGAAAUAUGCAAAUAUUUGAUUACGCACUUGUCACUGCAACAUAUACAUACAUACGUCUAUACAUAUAUUUAUAUUCGUUGGAUUUUUUUUUUAUAUUUUUAUUAUUAUUAAAAAUAAUCAAUUGUACGGGAUUGCAAAUCCUAAAAGCAUAUAUAAAAGUCAUAAGUAAUAUUAGGGAAAAAUUUAUAAUAUUUUAAAUUGUACUUACUGUUAUAUAAAUAUUAAAAUUUUUAAUUAAAAAUAUAAAAAAAACAA